AGACAGGCACGACGGACUUUACUCCAUUUACAGAACACUGAUCAGCUGGACUCCUCUUUUCUCCACUUCUUCCCCCUUUUUUCUUCUUCCACUUCUCACAUGUCCCGACUUUCACUGAUUCUUAUCUGUGAGCUGCGCAGCGAAUUGCAGUAAUUUGAUCGCGUUGGCUUUUUUUUUCCUUCAAAAAAGGAAAAACAAACAAACAAACAUGGGGUGUUCUGAGCUGUUCUGGAGGCUGAUUCCUCUGGCUUUGACCAUGGCACUUAUGUCACUUUGCAGAGCCACUGAAUAUGAGUACUUGAGCUGGAAGUCGUGGAAGUCGGAGUUGUACAACGGUGGGCGCAGCUAUGGCAAGCCUCCCCAGUGCGUGGACAUCCCCGACGACCUGCGACUUUGUUAUAACGUGGGUUACGACCAGAUGCUGCUCCCCAACUUGUUGGAGCACGAGACUAUGGCUGAGGUCAAGCAGCAGGCUGGGAGCUGGGUGCCCCUGGUGCAUAAAAACUGCCACCCCGGUACGCAGGUAUUCCUCUGCUCCCUGUUCGCCCCGGUGUGCCUGGAGCGGCCCAUCUACCCCUGCCGCUGGCUGUGCGAGGCGGUCAGAGACGGCUGCACACCCAUCAUGGAAGCCUUCGGCUUCCCCUGGCCCGAGAUGCUCACCUGUGACAAGUUUCCUCAGGACGACGUGUGCAUCGCCAUGACCAACGCAACCGAGGCCACCAAACCCACAGGUUACCCUCCCAUCUGCCCUCCAUGUGACAAUGAAAUGAAAACAGAUACCAUUCUGGAGCACAUGUGUGCCAGUGAGUUUGCUCUCAGGACGAAGAUAAAGGAGGUGAAGCGCGAGAACAUGGACCGCAAGGUGAUCCUGCAGAAAAGGAAGAAGAUGUUAAAAGAGGGGAACCUGAAGAAGAAGGACCUGAAGAAGCUGGUGUUGUACCUGAAGAACGGGGCGGACUGCCCCUGCCAGCAGCUGGACAACUUGGGCAACCAGUAUCUAAUCAUGGGCCGCAAGGUGGACAAGCAGUACCUGAUCACGGGGAUCCACAAGUGGGACAAGUCCAGCAAAGAGUUCAAAAAAGCCAUCAAGAAACUCAAAAACUACAAAUGUCCUGCUUUUGAGAAUGUUUUCAAAUAACUUGCCCAACACCCACACACACUUACACACUUACACACACACACACACACACACACACACACACACACACACACACACACACUCACACCAUCCCACCCUUUGUUUGCAUCUCGACCUACAUAAGAACUUGCACAACCAUAAAAGCCAAGUUUUUGCUUUCUAUUGCCCUGUUUAUAUCUCUCUCUGUCUCUCCGUCUCUCUCUCUCUCUCUCUCUCUCUCUCUCUCUCUCUCUCUAUAUAUAUAUAUAUCCUUGUAUAUUUAUGGAUAUACUUUGAAAUUUCCAUUGUCCAUUUCUAGCUGAAGGUGGUGAUUGAUAUCUCUGAGUCCAUUUCUUUUUUCUUUACAAAAGGACAAUGCAGUUAAAACUCCUCAUCACUGAAAUAACUUCCACUAUAUAUAUAUAUAUAUAUAUAUAUAUAUAUAUAUAUAUAUAUUUGUGUGUGUGUGUGUGUGUGUGUGUGUGUGUGUGUGUGUGUGUAGAUAACUUGUGUUACACACUUCAAGAAUUUGCUGCAAAUGUAUCCUAUAAUCAAUGAACGAAUCUCUCUGAAAUUCAGCCUUGUUCUGAUCAUGACGCGAUAGGUUGUAGAAUUGAUGAUUAGGAAAGAGAACUGACAUUUUGCCAGGAUGUUUAGCUUUAAAAGCUGUAUGAAGCUUCAGAUAGGGUUGAUGUUUGAAUAACUUAUUGACAAUAGUAUGAUAGAGUGCUUCCUGAUUGUUUUGUCGGAUUUAAUGACUGCACUACUGCUCGUUUUGAUCGUUUCAGUUUCAGUCGUGUCAUUGCAUUGAGCUUUUUUUACUUUCUUUUACUUGAAAAAUCAUAUCUGCCGAUCCACAUCCACACGCUGCUUGUCAGAGUCGGAGACGUCACUACAGGAAACGAGAUACCAUGUAGGCCUUGUCUUCUUCAUCAAGUACAAUAUACGUACAUGUUAUUGGGAACAAAACAUCGGGAAAACCAAGGCUAGACUGUCGAUCAUAACUCAACCGAUGACAACUGUACACAAGCUGUUAUUUGAUAUAGGUGGCAGAAUGGUUUAAUUAUUCCCAUAUAUAUGUUGUCUAUUGACAUUUAGCGAAAUGUGGGUUUUUUUCUCCUUUGUAAUGCAGUCUGGGUGCAGUAAUCAAUGUCCAUCAGUAAUCGCAUCCGCUCGGUCUUUUGAAACCCGCUCAUGUGUCUUAUAUUUUCAAAAUGUGCAAGAAAUUAUCAGAGAGCAAAGAGCCUCAAAAUCUGUAUGUUUGGAUUGUUUUACUCAGUAUCGUUGGUCCGUUGUAGCACUAUUUUGUUUCAUGAUUUGAAUGUCAACAGUGCAUCGCUGCCUAUUACAUUACAUAAGACAAUUUUACAUAAAUAUGGAAAAAACGAAUUGGUGUCCGGUAUGUUCUUUUGUUUUCUUUUUGUGGCGUUGACAUCGGUUUUCUUUUUGGUGAUUGAAUGUCACCAGAUAA